AUGCACUGGCUUCCCCUGGUUGCCAUGGUAAUCGCCUCGGCCCUGCCCUUCCCGCACAAGCCCACCGCCCGCAUCGCAGCUGCAUCACUUCCUCCGCCACCGCUGCACCGCCAUGUUCCAGACGCCCACUCCCACAAGGACUACAACUCCCGGAAGGACUACAACUCCCGGAAGGACUACAACUCCCAGAAGGACUACAACUCCCAGAAGGACUACAACUCCCAGAAGGACUACAACUCUGCCCCAGUGGACUACAACUCUGCCCCAGUGGACUACAACUCUGCUCCAGUGGACUACAACUCUGCCCCAGUGGACUACAACUCUGUCCCAAUGGACUACAACAUGGCUGAACAGAAGAACCACAGGGAUUCAUUGACAAACAGUGGCAAUGGAGUUUACAAACUAACAAACACUAGGGACGCGGCGCGCACACAGGAGGUGCGCACAGAGGAGGCGCCCACGGAGGAGGCGCGCACAGAGCAGACGCGCAUAGAGCAGACGCGCAUGGAGGAGGCACGCAUAGAGGAGGCGCACAUGGAGGAGGCACGCACGGACGUUACAGAACAUGUGGAGUUGUACAAAAAUCACAUGGAUGUAAAAGGAGCACCUGAGCAGAUGACACAGGACCAGGUCUCACAGCAGAGGACACAGGACCAGGUCUCACAGCAGAGGACACAGGACCAGGUCUCACAGCAGAGGACACAGGACCAGGUCUCACAGCAGAGGACACAGGACCAGGUCUCACAGCAGAGGACACAGGACCAGGUCUCACAGCAGAUGACACAGGACCAGGUCUCACAGCAGAGGACACAGGACCAGGUCUCACAGCAGAGGACACAGGACCAGGUCUCACAGCAGAGGACACAGGACCAGGUCUCACAGCAGAGGACACAGGACCAGGUCUCACAGCAGAGGACACAGGACCAGGUCUCACAGCAGAGGACACAGGACCAGGUCUUGGAUCUGGACGGUCUUUUGGACAGUGAUGUGUUUUGGGACGCUCAUCCACGUGUGAUGUUCUCUCCCUCGCCGCCGCAGCUGCCUCCUCUCGCACUGAUAGAGGAGGGCGGGUGGGGGGAGGAGGGGGAGGAGGAGGAGGAGGAGGGGACCAGGAGACACAGACGGUCCCUCACGGAGCAACGCUGGGGUCAGAGGUCGGUGUGCGAGUCGGUCAACGUCUGGGUCACGGACAAGACGACGGCGGUGGACACCAAGGGGAACAGUGUGACCAUCAUCCAGGAGAUCCAGACACAGAGCGGCCCCAUCAAACAGUACUUCUAUGAGACGCGCUGCCGCCAGGCGGAGCGUGAAGAGGUAGACAGCGAGCGCAGGCGUGAGGAUGUGGGCAGCGAGCGCAGGGUCGAGGAGACCGGAGUGGACGGUGGCAGCUGCCUCGGCAUCGAUAAGAAGCAGUGGAGGAGCCGCUGCAUCGCUAAGCCGUCGUUUGUGCGCGCGUUAACUAAAGACGCUAACAACCGCAUGGGCUGGAGGUGGAUACGCAUCGACGCCUCCUGUGUCUGCGUACUGCUGUCACGGACCAAUGGGAACAGGGCAGGGCCUGGGCUCGGGCGAGCGAGAGGGUGA